AGGGCCCAAUGCUCAGAGCGUGCCUGGCUUUCUGCGGAAAAGCGCCAGGAAUAUGAACGAGCUACGAAGAGCUGGAGCGGGCGCUGCGGGAGCAGCGUGUGGGGAACGGCUCGGGAGUCGCUGCUGGUAACCCCUGCCCAGCCUCCCGCAGCGGGGCUCGCAGCCGAGACCCAACGUGCUGCGCCCGGGGCCCCUAGCCGCGGAAGGAUAUUUCACUUUGUUUACCUCCCCGGCCGGGCGAGGGAGCUGCGAGGCCGGUGCUGGCGCCCCCGGUACGCAGUUGCAAUGGCAGCGGCGCGGGGAGCCGCCCGAGGACGGGCAGCGGCGGGGCUGAUUGAUGGGCGCCCGGCGCAAUGAGGGGGGCCCGGGCGGGGGCGGGGCGGGGCCGGCUCUGGGCUGAGCCAGUCGCGGGGGCGGCGGGGGGGGCGGAGGCUCCGUGGAAAUGUGUCGGUGACAUUGAAUGGGGAGACCGAGCGCGAGCGAGGCGCGCGCGCGCACACGCGCACACACGGCCCCGCUCGCUCCGAGAUCCCCGGCCACGUAAGUAACUAUUAAUACCGCCUCGCCGGGGGAUGCGGGCGUGCUGAGCGCGGGGAUUGGCCUCGGGCACCGUCGGCCGUCCCCUUUAAUUUUUAAAUACACGGUCCCCUCUUUUCUCUGGGGGGGGCAAGCAAGAAAUCAAAGAAGGAAGAGACAAGCCGUCAAUUUUCUCCAAAACAAACCUCACCGGGCAAUUUGGUCUCGGGGUAGGGGGAGCCGGGGUGAUUGCAAAUUAUUCCAGGACGAGAUCCAGUUCUCCAGCGGGAGAGGGGCAAAGAAACGCCGCGCGUUGGAAGGGCCAGGGACGCAGCUCCGCUUGCAGCGCCCGCAGGACCCCCGCAAGCUCGUGCCGGAGAAAUCGCAGACCGCCGAUCUGUCCUCGUUCUGUCCUGCACGUCUGGCUGCAUUCGGAGGAAGACUCGGGGCGCGAGCGAGCGGCGACAGCAUGAGCCUGUGCUGACCUCCGCGCGGCGGGCCGAGCCCAGGGCUUUGUCGCGGUACCUGCGCCCAGCCCGCGCCGCAACUCUGUGCUCAGCUUUUGCAAUCUUUUGUUGGCAACGCUGACCGCUCCAAGUUAAAUGCUCCCUUGCAAUUUUUCUUUUUUUUGUUUGUUCGUUUAAUUUUUGGAGAGCUCGCGAUCUUGAAAAAGCCUCAGACGCCAUCUACAGUUAAAACGUAGGUAACUGCUCUCUCCCGCACCCCCCCUUACACGCCCCCCACCCUUUCCACCAAAAAAAGGGGGUGCAGCGCGGAUUCUGGCUGCCGUGCGUCGCCAGCCGGUAGACCCGUGCUUGUUUCCUUUCUCUUUUUGUUUGGCUUCUAACGCGUUGGGACUGAGCUGCCGCCGUGAGCGCCCCGAAGACUGCACAAACUACCGCGGGCUCCUCCGCCCCGUCUGCGAUUCGGAAGCCGGCCUGGGGGUCGCGUCGGGAGCCCUGGCGCUGCAGCUCCGCACCUUAGCAGCCCGGGUACUCAUCCAGAUCCACGCCGGGGACGCACACACAGAGUAACUAAAAGUGCGGCGAUUCUGCACAUCGCCGACUGCUUUGGGGUAACAAAAGGACGCGAGUUGCCUGCCGACCGAGGACCCCCGGGAGCCGGGCUCGGAGCAGACGAGGUAUCCGGCGGCGCCCAUUUGGGGGCUUCUAACUCUUUCUUCACGCAGCCCCUCUCCUGUCCCCUCCCCUCUCGCUCCGUUUUAAAAUCAGUGGCACCGAGGCGCCUGCAGCCGCACUCGCCAGCGACUCAUCUCUCCAGCGGGUUUUUUUUUGUUUGUCGUGUGCGAUCCUCACACUCAUGAACAUACACAGGUCUACCCCCAUCACAAUAGCGAGAUAUGGGAGAUCGCGGAACAAAACCCAGGAUUUCGAAGAGUUGUCGUCCAUAAGGUCCGCGGAGCCCAGCCAGAGUUUCAGCCCGAACCUUGGCUCCCCGAGCCCGCCCGAGACUCCGAACUUGUCGCAUUGCGUUUCUUGUAUCGGGAAAUACUUAUUGUUGGAACCUCUGGAGGGAGACCACGUUUUUCGUGCCGUGCAUCUGCACAGCGGAGAGGAGCUGGUGUGCAAGGUGUUUGAUAUCAGCUGCUACCAGGAAUCCCUGGCACCGUGCUUUUGCCUGUCUGCUCAUAGUAACAUCAACCAAAUCACUGAAAUUAUCCUGGGUGAGACCAAAGCCUAUGUGUUCUUUGAGCGAAGCUAUGGGGACAUGCAUUCCUUCGUCCGCACCUGCAAGAAGCUGAGAGAGGAGGAGGCAGCCAGACUGUUCUACCAGAUUGCCUCGGCAGUGGCCCACUGCCAUGACGGGGGUCUGGUGCUGCGGGACCUCAAGCUGCGGAAAUUCAUCUUUAAGGACGAAGAGAGGACUCGGGUCAAGCUGGAAAGCCUGGAAGACGCCUACAUUCUGCGGGGAGAUGAUGAUUCCCUCUCCGACAAGCAUGGCUGCCCGGCUUACGUAAGCCCAGAGAUCUUGAACACCAGUGGCAGCUACUCGGGCAAAGCAGCCGACGUGUGGAGCCUGGGGGUGAUGCUGUACACCAUGUUGGUGGGGCGGUACCCUUUCCAUGACAUUGAACCCAGCUCCCUCUUCAGCAAGAUCCGGCGUGGCCAGUUCAACAUUCCAGAGACUCUGUCGCCCAAGGCCAAGUGCCUCAUCCGAAGCAUUCUGCGGCGGGAACCCUCAGAGCGGCUGACCUCGCAGGAAAUUCUGGACCAUCCUUGGUUUGCCACAGAUUUUAGCGUCUCGAAUUCAGGAUAUGGUGCUAAGGAAGUGUCUGACCAGCUGGUGCCGGACGUCAACAUGGAAGAGAACUUGGACCCUUUCUUUAACUGAGCUCAUGCCCCACGGAGACUUAGCAGGUACCAGGAGUGAGCGAGGGCAGCGGAAAGGAGUUCUUCCAGGGGACACAAAUUGCCUGGCUGAGUAGCAAGAAAGACACUCACACUCUUAAGUUUCUUGGUUCAGAGCAGGAAAACCUUCAAGGAGCUGACUGACCACGUAGUAUGGGGGCAAGAGGCGUGGGAUGGGGAUUGGGGUGAGAUGGAUGGGAGCCCGCUGGAGCUUGUCUUCCCUAACAUAGCCUGGGAGACCACCCCUUGCCACUUGGGCCACUUCCGCCUACCCCACUUUUCAUUUUGUUCCAAAAUAGUUGCAGAUCCUGACAGAAUCAAAACUCUCUGCCUCAAACACACAUCCUGGCAUCGCACUGUUAGCAUUUAACUUCUUGUUAGGAUUCAGGGAAGGAACAGUUGGCCAAGAAAUUUUUUUCUUUUAAACAAGCCAACCACCUAGCUGGUAAUUAAUGAGGUUCACUUAAAAAAAAAAAUUCGGUGCACACAGACUGACAUGAAACCUGGGUGCUACACUAAAAGAAAACAAAAGUCCAGUUUGUGUCUCUUAAUCGCUCACUUCAACUCAUUUCUUCUAAAUAAACUAUUUAAUAUCCUGGUCAGGAAAUGACAUGUUAAUGCUUUGCUCCCUGAAGGGGGAAAAAAAUCUGUCCUUUAACAAGCUAUUCUGCUUUGUGUCAAUUGGUUCGUGGCAGGAAGCUAUUAGAAGUCAAACGUCCAGAUGCAUUACUGCUAUCUUAGUUUAAAGGGGGAAAGAAAAGGGAAGAAGAAAGGAAAAGAGAAAUCCAACUCCUUUUUCACGUUUUGCUUUUGAACAAUGAGGGUUUGUGUGACAGGCAUUCCUCUUUGCUGAGAUGAUAGCAAUGGCCUGAGAUUUUAGCAAGCUCCUGGAGUCUGAUGCUUUUGCAGUACUCUGAUUGCAACUAAACAUUUGUCUUUGUUUUAUUAGAAACUAGUGAAACAAAGCAGGUUGUCCCACAUGUAUAAAAUACAGGGCAGCUAUUUAGUUUUCUUUUACGGAGAAUGAUCCUUUUGGCUUGUAAGGCCCUCUGGUUUGGACAAAAACCCUCAGUAGAGACAAGCGGGAAGGAUAAUUAGCUGAAAGCUAUGAUGAUAUAAAUAAAAACAGCUCUCUAUCCCAAUACGCACCUUUGUAUUUUCAAGAACUCUUCUAUUUAUUAAGGAAAAUGUCACAUUGUGAUGUAUUAAGCCAGUACUUCAAUUACGGGUUGACUUGGGAUGACAUAUUACAUGCUGUAGUUAACAUUUAUAAUUUUUUUUCCUUGUUUGAGUAUUUCUGUCUCUGAAAUAACCUUUUACUUGGCUUUUCUAGAUAGCUUUAUUUGAUUUUGAGUGGCAAAAUGUUUUUUAUUACGGCUUUUCUAUUGCUGUAUGAUACAGAACUCUUUUGGCAUAAAUAUUUGUGUUCCCAGUACCUCACUUGUUCGGAUUUGACUGCCUGUAUAUGUUUUGUGAAAUGGUCCUGUUUUUGGGUAGGUGACACGUGGACUCUAGUAUGUAAAUGUUACUUGAAUCUGUGCUUCAUAAUAGUGUGUGGCAUGUAUGUGCAGACUCUUGGAUGCUUUAUGCCUGCGCAGCAGGAGCCCUGUCCUCACGUUCCCAGGAGGGCGGCUUCACCCUUCGUAACCAGGAGACAAGGCGGCCAUGGAUUUGCCCUUGAUUCUAUUUUGCUAAUGGAAGAUAUAAAGGAGAGAAGGUUUUUUUUUUUUUAACAUUCUGAAGAUGGUGCUGUGUCAAGAAGGACCUUUUUUUCUUCCCUCUCCCCUGUUUUUUAAGUACCUUGGAGGAGGAGAGAUUGGUGACAUGCAUGGUGGGGAUCUAUGGCCUCUGGUGCUUUGUCCUGUAUUUGGUUUAAUGUUCUUGUCCUAAUCUCUUCAAUCAAUAAAAUUGUGCAUAUUUAACUAAAA